GUUCACAUUCACCGUCAGCAAGACGAGUGGGCGACGACGGCAACCAUGGCUGACCCCAUCGACCCAUACUAGAAUAGUCAAGUCGCCUCCUUCCCCAAAUUAGGCCAUUCCUUCCUUCCUUCUUCCCUUUCGUUUUAACUUCACCUCUCUUCUUCCCCUUUCUCGUUUCUUUCUUUGUUUCCAGCUUCAGUAGCAGAGCAAUGGAGAAUCAGAACCCACCUACAACAUCUUCUUCCCCUGCUCCUGAUCCUGCUCCUCCUCCUUCUUCUUCUUCAUCCCACCCCUCCUCCAAAACGAAAUGGGUUCUCCCUUACCGGACCGAUAACCUCAAAGAUCACUACUCCCUCGGCAAGAAGCUGGGUCAAGGCCAGUUCGGCACCACUUACCUCUGCACCCACACCUCAACGGGGCAUCGCUACGCCUGCAAAUCCAUCCCCAAGCGCAAGCUCUUCUGCAAGGAGGACUACGAGGACGUGUGGAGGGAAAUCCAGAUGAUGCACCAUCUCUCCGAGCAUCCCAAUGUCGUCAGGAUCAGGGGUGCCUUCGAGGAUGCUCUGGCCGUCCAUCUGGUGAUGGAGCUCUGCGAAGGUGGGGAGCUCUUCGAUAGGAUUGUGAAGAAGGGCCAUUUCAGCGAGCGGGAAGCUGCCAAGCUCAUCAAGGUCAUCGUUGGUGUUGUGGAGUCUUGUCAUUCUUUGGGGGUUAUGCACAGAGAUCUUAAGCCCGAGAACUUCUUGUUCGAUACCGAUGCUGAGGAUGCUGCUCUUAAAGCCACUGAUUUCGGCCUCUCUGUGUUUUUCAAGCCAGGUGAAACGUUGUCGGAUGUUGUUGGUAGCCCUUACUACGUUGCACCGGAGGUGCUGCGCAAAUACUAUGGACCUGAAUCUGAUGUAUGGAGUGCAGGAAUCAUUUUAUACAUCCUGCUAAGUGGGGUUCCACCCUUCUGGGCAGAAACUGAAGUAGGAAUCUUUCGGCAGAUUCUACAAUCCAAAUUGGAUUUUGUAUCUGAACCGUGGCCUAGUAUUUCAGACAGUGCGAAAGAUCUGCUAACAAAGAUGCUUGAGCGGAACCCGAGGAAGAGGCUAACUGCUCAUGAAGUACUCUGCCAUCCCUGGAUUUUGGAUGACACAAUGGCCCCAGAUAAACCUCUUGAUUCUGCUGUUUUAUCACGACUGAAGCAAUUCUCUGCAAUGAAUAAACUGAAGAAGAUGGCACUACGUGUCAUAGCGGAGAGGCUAUCAGAAGAAGAGAUUGGUGGUCUAAAGGAGUUGUUCAGAAUGAUAGACACGGACAACAGCGGAACAAUAACCUUUGAGGAACUGAAAGAUGGACUGAAGAGAGUAGGAUCUGAACUAAUGGAGUCUGAGAUAAUGGACUUGAUGAAUGCAGCUGAUAUAGACAACAGCGGGUCGAUUGAUUAUGGAGAAUUUCUAGCUGCUACUGUGCACUUGAAUAAACUUGAGAGAGAAGAAAACUUAGCAUCAGCAUUCUCUUUCUUUGACAAAGAUGGUAGCGGGUACAUAACCAUUGAUGAGCUUCAGCAAGCAUGCAAGGAGUUCGGGCUGAGUGAGCUCCAUCUCGAUGAAAUGAUUAAAGAGAUUGAUCAAGAUAAUGAUGGACAGAUAGACUAUGGAGAGUUUGCUGCAAUGAUGAGAAUGGGAAAUGGAGGAGUUGGGAGGAGGACCAUGAGAGGAACAUUUAACUUGGGAGAUGCCCUAGGAGGACUCACAGCACCAAAUGGAUCUUCAUCUUAAAAAAUAUUGGGUUCAUUUUGUUUCAUAGCAAGUUCUCUGUUUUGACUUCUUUCGCCUCUUAAUGGGCAGACAAUUAGUCCUCAAUGAGCAAGAGCAAUACCCAAUUUUUGCUUCUCUCUCUGUCUCUAUCUCUGUCUCCCCGUGGAUUUCUUCUGCAACGUGAUAACCCAAGGCCGAUAGUUGGUAGACUAAAACUAAAA